AUGGCCGACGCUCAGAUCAUCCCGGCCAUGAACCCCCCUCCAGGGAAGACAUCCAACUUUGUCGACCCGGAGUACCAGGGGACCAAGUUUAUUGUUGUGAAUUGCAUCUUUCUGCCGUUGGCGGUGCUUGCGCUGGCCGUGCGUACCUGGACCAGAGUGUAUAUUGUGAGGAACUUCCAGGCUGAUGAUUACUUGAUGAUGAUGGCUUUACUAUUGUCGAUUGUCAUGACAGCUGUGACAUUGGAUAUGCUCAAUUGGGGUCUGGGGAAGCACAUGUGGGAUGUUCCUGCUAUGCCUAAUCUCUCGCCAUGGUUUAUGAAGGAAAACAUGAUCGCAGCAAUCUUCUACUGCGCCGCCACCGGCUUCUGUAAAGUCUCAGUCCUCGUUUUCUACCUCCGCAUCUUCCCCAGCCGCUCCUUCCACUUCGCCGUGUGGUUCGUUGUUUUUGUCGCCGUGGGCUACGAGGUCGCUAGUGUGCUCGCUAAUGUCUUCGCGUGCACUCCAAUUGCGAAGAGCUGGGAUGCGACAAUCACGGGUGGAAGCUGUAUGAACAGACCGGUGUUUUACUUUGCGAAUGCGGGAUUGGGUAUAUUUACGGACUUUGCGACGGUGUUGGUGCCGAUUCCGUGGUUGUGGAAGUUGCAGAUGCCCAUGAGGCAGAAGAUUGCUGUUGGAGCGAUUCUUACGAUGGGGUGUUUUGUCGGCGUCGUCAGCUGCAUCCGCCUCUCAACCUUAUACAUCCUCAUGAACUCCCCCGACCUAACCUGGGCGACCACGGACGCCCUGAUGUGGUGCGCCAUCGAACUCAACCUCGGCAUCGUUGGCGGCUGCGUAACAGCAAUGCGCCCUUUCGUCCGCCGCUACUUCCCCAAGCUCCUCGGUCUAUCAUAUGGCGGAUACGGCUCGUACUCGCAUUCGAGGAAAUACGGACACCCGCUCAACUCGAUUCCAAGGAGCGACAACCCCAACUUUUCAGGAUACUUUCAGCAGUACUCUACGAGUACGUGGAAGGGGGGAACUAUGGGGGAUCGGAAUAGUGAGGAGCAGGUGUUGAAGGAGGCGGCAGCGCCGCCGGGGUUGGGGUCGGGUAAGGCGGAUGGAAUUGUGAGGACGGUGGAGUUUGAUGUUGAGGAUGGGUUGCGGAAAUGA